UUGAAAGCGAAUCCUCGCGAUGGAAGAGCAGACAACUGCUGUCGAGGAAGCGAUGUAGGUUCAUCUCGUUCACCAGCUGGUCCUUGGACGCAAAUGUCACAACAACAGGUGGUCCAGAAGAUAGAAGGUCAGUUCAACAAUGGCAGAAACAAGGAAGGGGAAGAUACAAACAGUGACAGGGCUGCUUCAGCCGGACAAGUUGGGGGUGACCAUGACCCAUGAGCACCUGUGGAUAAAUUCAGGGGGCUUCUACAUGGAGCCAGCUACCCAGAACAAGGCCAAGUCCACCAUGCCUUUCGCACUCUCCAACUAUGGGUGGAUAACGCAAAACCCAUACAGUCACCAGCCCAACCUGGGCUAUGGCCCGGAUGAGAGAAGUGAUAUCGCUGAAGAGAUGAUAUACUACAAGAGCAAUGGUGGCAGCAGUAUAGUGGAUAACACCACUAUUGGCCUACACCCCAAUAUACAGUUCCUGAAGGACUUGUCCGAGACAACGGGGGUCAACAUUGUUGCAGGAGCAGGUUAUUAUGUGGCCGCAUUUCAGACGGAAUCAACAAAAGCCUUGACCUUGGAGGCGAUGUCGGACUGCAUACGUCAUGACAUCCUAGAGGGCGUGGGAGAGACGGGAAUCAAGUGUGGCGUCAUCGGGGAAAUCGGUUGUGCCUGGCCUCUGGAGGAGUUUGAGAGACGGUCAAUACAGGCCAGUGCAGUUGUCCAAUCAGAGCUGGACACUCCAGUCAUCAUCCAUCCUGGCCGUAAUCCGGACGCACCUUUUGAGAUUCUGAGAAUAUUCCAGGAAGCUGGAGGAAAGCUGCACAAUGUAGUGAUGUCUCAUUUAGACAGAACAAUUUUUGAUAAGGAACGCCUUCUGGAGUUUGCUGCUGAAGGUGUCUACUGCGAGUAUGACCUGUUUGGCAUUGAGACAUCCCACUACCAGCCCACACCCUCCAUCGAUAUGGUCAGCGACGCUCAGAGAAUCCAGAUGAUCAAGGUCUUGGUGGACAAUGGCUAUGAGGACAGAAUCUGUAUUGCACAGGAUAUACACACCAAACACAGACUGACCAAAUAUGGCGGACAUGGUUUUUCGCAUAACUUGAUCAACAUUGUCCCCAAGAUGCUCAACAGGGGAAUAUCUCAAGAAGCUGUGAAUAAAAUCUUGAUAGAAAACCCCAAAAGAUGGCUCACUUACCAAAGAUAAUUAAUCAGAAUUAUCUUAAUAUUUUGAAUAUUUUACCGUGCCCCAAUCUCAUUAAAAUCAGACCUUAGUUCUCGCUACCGCUAAACAAAGAUUUGAAGACAUCCCAUUAGGGGUCACGUCAGAACGACCAUUCAUCCGACCAAUGAGAGCGUCGCUUACCAGAUCAUGAAAGUGACAGUCGGAAUGUGAUUUCUAAUCAUACAACUUCGAAAACUUUAACACGGGGUAUCCGAACGAUAGUUACAGGUUUAACGACUGAAUCCAUA